UUUGUUGGGGAAGCUGACCACCUGGUCCCAUCCACUUCCCUGCCAGUCAUGAAUGGUGAUUUGUUCCGGGUGGCUGGGAGGAUUAUUGGCCAUUCCUUUCUUAACGAAGGUCCACUUUUGCAUGGCUUGGGUCAGUGUCUCUUCCCUCUGCUAGUCAAGAACAAAGAAGAGGAUGCUAUCGUGGAAAUUAAAGACUGUCCUGACACCGAUAUAACCGAUAUAGUCUGCCUUCUUGAAAGUCAGACUGUUUUGACAGUUGAAGAAAUCGAUCAAAUCAACAACUUGGCCCUCAGCUGGGACAUGCCAGUUUAUACUGAGGAGAGUCGUAGAUUACUGUCUGCGCAAAUCCUCCAUCAUGGGGUAAUUGUGCGACGUGCCAGGCAAAUGGCUCAGCUUAGGACAGGUCUUAAGGACACAGGGGUUCUAAAGAUGUUGAAAGAACGCCCGGAUCUGGUAGCUGUCCUGUUUUCCAGGUCUGCAGAGGCAGAGAUGGAAGCACAGAUGGUUAUUGAGAGAAUAAUCUGGCCUGAACCAGACAGUGACGAAGAGGACGAGAUAGAUUCCUACUGCAGUGCUUCAGCUUUCUUGCGGCAGUACAUAGACACAGCUUCUUCCGUUCAACUUAGACACCUAGUGGAGUUCUGGACGGGGUGGGCAGUGCUGCCAGAGGAAUUAUACGUCUCCGUCGAAAAGGACCUGACAUUUCCAGUGGCAUCCACAUGUUUCACCACACUGAAAAUCCCUUCCAGUUGUAGUUCCUAUGCUGAAUUUUCCCAAAACCUCUCUGCAGCAGUGAGUAGCACCGAUUACGGAUUUGGAAGAGUGUAG